GUGAAGUUUGGAAAAUGAAAGUGAGGGGACUUCACUGAGCGGGAAACGACCGAAUAUUCCACUGACUGUACUGCACUCUGCACUAAUGCUACACUCUGUGUACUGACUGUACUACACUCUGUGUACUAAUACUGCAGUAUAACUGUACUUGUAACAGAGUUCUGCUACAGUUUAGUACUGGUACUUUUACUGCAGUACAGUCCCAGAUCUUUCACAAUUUAAAUAAAUAAAAAACAAAAGAAAUAAACUGUUUGUGUGUGUGUGUGUGUGUAUGUGUGUGUGUGUGUCUGUGUCUAUGUGUGUGUGUGUGUGUGUGGAAAGUGAGAGUAGAAACUGGGACUUUUCUUCUUUCAUGCUCUGUUUUCUCUUUCCUGUCCUUCCAGAAUAAAAGUCCUGUCCUCAGAUCAGCAGCAUGUUGGAGACACUGAUCCUCAGCUCAGCUCACAUCUUCAUCUUCAUCACCUUCAUCAUGAUCAGCUCGACCGUCCUCUUCCUCCUCUGUGCCGCCCUCGCUCCCGCUCUCUGCUGUGAUUGGCUCACACACUACAGUCGCCAUAGCAACAUCUCUCGGACUCUCAUCCUCCAGAUGGGUGAUCCGCUGACAACAGAGGAGAGUAAAGUUUCCUUUCCAUACAGACUCUAUAAAGACAUCCGCAACACUGAGGUGGAGUCCCAGCUGGUUUUCAUCAGAGACAGUCUGGAGCUGAUCCUUAACCUCUAUCACCACGACAACCACUCCUCCAUCGCCUGGGAUACAGACAAGAUGGAUCACUUCCUGAUGAGCGUGGACAGACAGAUAGACGGACUCAACACUUGUGUUUCGAUGAACAAACGAGCAGACAGCCGACUGAGGAAAUACUACAGGAGAUUGGAGAAGAGAACUCUGUACCUCACUGGCGGGGCCCCGGCGUCCUGGGAGCUGAUCAGGAAGGAAACUAAACUGCACCUGGAUCAGUUGGAGCUGCUGGUGGCCUCCAUCAGAGCUGCUACCCGCAGGAGGCGCUCUACACCAACUCACCACCAACACUGACACCACGUCUGACGUCUGCUUCACUGCCUCCACCUCCUCUGUCACACACACACACACACACACACACACUCAGCGUCUCUACUCUCACUCUGUUUAUUUAUUCAUUAACUGAUCUACUGAUUAUUAUUUAUUGAUUAUUUAUUGUUAUUUAUUGUUAUUUAUUUGUUCAGAUGUGACAGUUUUUACUCUGUUGUAAAGAGCUGAAAUUAAACCUACUCUGAUUUGACAUUUACUCAAGUCUUAGAUUCUAUUAUUGAUUGUGUAUUGAUGAAUUCUUCAGAAACCUGAAGUUUUGUUUUUCUAUGAAUGAACAAACCGAUGAUUUAAUAUUAGAAACCUUUUUUUAUAAAUGUAUUAUUUAUUAU